UUCUUUAUUAAUUCCAAAAUUCUUCCUCACAAUUCAAACCCAAAUCUUCAAAACCCUUAAAACCAAACCAAACCUAUUUUCCUUCCACACCCCAUAACCAAUAAAACACAACAUCAUUAAACAAAAGCGAACCCUCAAAUGUCCUUCAUUUCCUCCACCUUCUCUUCUUGCUUCCACCCAUCCAAAACCACCGUCCACAACCACUACGCGCCGCCGUCACCGCCCUCCACCAACCCAAACCUCAUCACCUACAUCUACCACACCGAUUCCGGCACGGUUUCCCUCACAUGGUCACGCUCCAUUCUGGGUCGUUCUCUCCACGUUCACCUCCGUAACCACUCCUCCUUCCACCUCCACAUCAAACCCUUCCUUUUCUGGAAGAAGCACGGCUCCAAGAACCUCUCCCACAACACCCUCCUAACCUGGAACCUAUCCAACGCGAGGUUCGGAUCAGGACCCGAACCUCACUCCCAGUUCUACCUCGCCCUCCUGGUCGACCACCACCUCACCCUCCUCAUCGGUGACCUAAGCCCAAAACUAAAGGCCCAAAAGCCCAACACCCGGCAACUCCUCCUCCUCAAGAGGGACCAUGUCCACGUGGCACCGCAUCGUCACCGAGUUUACCGAACCAAAACCAAGUUCCGCGGUAAGGAUAGGGAAAUAGAAAUAGAUUGCGAUGGUUACGGGGACAACAAUAAUAACAACAUGAGGCUGUUGUUCGGCGUGGACGAGGAGAAGGUGUUGGAAGUGCAACGCUUGAAGUGGAAAUUCAGAGGGAGCGAGAGAGUGGAAAUUGACGGGGGUCACGUGCAGAUCUCGUGGGACGUGCACGAUUGGCUUUUUGAGAAAGAGAAUAUUUAUAAUAAUAAUAAUAAUAAUAAUAAUAACAAUAACGGAGCCAACGAGGGACACGCGGUUUUUAUGUUUAAGUUCGAGGAUGACGAGGUACGAGGUAAAGAGGAGUUUGGAGAAGAGAAGGGUGUGGUGAAUGUGUGGAAUUUGGGGUCUUGUGAGUGGGGUAAAAAUGGCAAGAGUUGGUCCUCUUCGUCUUUGUCAUCUUCUCAUGGGUCUUUUGGUGGAAGUUCCUCUGUUAUGGAAUGGUCUAGCGUGGAGGAGAAUGAGUUGGUUGUUCCUCUUGGCUUUUCCUUGCUUGUUUAUGCUUGGAAAAGGUGAACAAUUAUCUCAUAUUUACAUUUUUUAGUAAGAGUUUAUAAUAAGAAGACUCGCCUAAUUCACCAAUCUCAAUCGUGUUUUACAACGGGAUUACUAUGCAAUGGUACGCGAAAGGAAAGCACUUCAAUAUUCAAGCCAGAGACAGAGUAACAUGCGUGAAAGGUGCCAUAAAGAU